AUGAAAGAGGCGGAUGAGGACGUCGAACGACGUGAACGGAGUGAGGAACGAGAUUCGUCUCCACCAAGUGAUAGCAACGAUGGAACCAAUCAUUCGGGCCUUGAUGAUGACGAUGGAGAUCUAUUUCACAAUAGUCUGUUUGGCUCGCGCAGUCCCCUGGGGCUUCAGAGCACCCUACGUGCGCUGUCUGGGAUGAUGACGGGCAUGUCAUCCCGCUUGCGAGAAAUCCUGUGCAAUCUCAGAGCGAAGGAUGACCCAUCCAUCCAAUUGAUUGCUUUACAGGAGCUUUCAGAUCUCUUACUCGUAUCUAAUGAGGAUAAUCUUUCCGGACAGUUCUCCCCCGAUCCCUACGUAAAGGAAUUGGUCUCGUUAAUGCAGCCGAAUGAAUUUGGCGAAGAAAAUCCCGAAAUCAUGCUCCUGGCAUGUCGCUGCUUGGCGAAUUUGAUGGAGGCUCUUCGCGGCUCCGUAGCCAACGUUGUCUACGGGGGUGCUGUGCCGAUUUUGUGUCAGAAGUUGCUGGAUAUACAGUUCAUUGAUCUGGCCGAACAAGCCUUGAGCACUUUGGCCAAAAUAUCCGUAGAUUUUCCUGCCUCUAUUGUUCGGGAGGGGGGCUUGACUGCUUGUUUGACAUAUCUCGACUUCUUCCCGACUAGUACACAGCGUACGGCGGUGACUACGGCAGCAAAUUGCUGCCGUAACCUCCCACACGAUUCCUUUCCUGUGGUGCGGGAUGUGAUGCCCACACUUCUAAAUGUGCUGUCUAGCAAUGACCCAAAGGUGAUGGAGCAAGGUUGUUUGUGUGUCUCCCGAAUUGUGGAGAGUUUCAAGCAUAAGCCGGAGAAACUGGAGGAGCUUAUCGAACCCGCCAUGUUGAAGGCGGUCCUCCGUCUGCUGCUGCCAGGUACCACCAAUCUAAUUGGCCCGCACAUUCACACCCAGUUCCUCCGCGUUCUAGCGAUAGUGUCAAAAGCCAGCCCCAGGUUGUCUGUAGAAUUAUUGAAGAUGAACGUGGUCGAUACUUUAUACCAAAUCUUGACUGGGGUAUCGCCGCCAGGCAACCUGGAAGAUACGACCGUUAAGAUGGACAGUGUGCUUGUGAUGCAAGCCUUGAUACACCGGCCUAGGGAGCAGGUCCUUGAAACGCUUAAUGUGAUUUGCGAAAUGUUACCUGGCGUUCCUGGUCGACAUGUACCACAAACCGACGGAUGGCUUAAUUCCCCCCUCGACAGCGAUCCGUCCCUUGGCUUAAAGUCGCCCAAGGCGAAAGAAGUAGCCGAAAAGAGACGCUCUCUAUUACUAGAAUGCCAAGGCGAGCUCAAGCGUUUUGCUAUGAUCCUGCUGCCAACGUUGACCGACGCUUACUCGAGUACUGUCAACCUAGAGGUGCGGCAAAAGGUUCUCAUCGCUCAGCUUAAGAUGUUGCACCAUUUAGAUGCCGGUCUGGUGGAGGAAGCUCUACGAUCCGUGCCAUAUGCCUCGUUCCUGGCGGCAAUUUUAUCUCAGAAAGACCAUCCGUCGUUGGUUUCGUCAGCGCUGCGGUGCUCUGAACUUCUCUUCCAGCGCUUGGAACAUGUGUACCAGUACCAAUUCCAUCGCGAAGGUGUUGUCUCAGAAGUUUUCAAGUUGGCGGAGGGACCUUUGUCGGAUGAGAAGCAGACCAAGCCUUCCUCUGAUCCACCCGCUGCUAUGGACACCUCGAGCGAUUCACGCCGGGAAGCCGAAGACGCCGAUGGCGCGGGAGAUGACGAUGCUCAUCAUGACGACUAUGAUGAGCAAGAGGAUGAGCGGGACGAGAACGACGACAUGUCGGAAUCCGAUAGCUCUUCAUUAUCCGGCCAAGUGAUCUCUACAAGGGUAGACAACGCAAUGAAGGACCUCGUUAUCCGCGAUGCUCGGACGUUUGUUGAUCUCUACGAAGCCAGCCAUGGUAGAGACAUGCGAGAGAAAGCUAUACAAGUCCUGACCGAAUUACGAAAUCUCGCCUCGAAUAUAGAAGCCUGCUAUAGUGGAGACGCACGUGAGGACGGCCUUGCGCUUUUCGAAAAACUGGCCGCGUACUUCGACGGUGACGCACUCGAGAGUAUCACUAGCUCCGAAUUACUGAACUCGGGUAUCAUCAAGGUGUUGCUGGACGUGUUUGGUGACUUUAAUCUUUCGUCUAUGCGCAAGGCUCGUGCUGCCUUUCUACAGGCAUUCAUGGGAUCUACUAUCUCCGAGAAAGCCCGAAGCCAAAGCACUGCUACGACUCCAUUCAGUGUCCUGAUCCAGAAAUUGCAGGACUUGCUCAGCCGGACUGAGCAUUUCGAAGUGCUUACUGUCAGCCACAAUUCUUUGGAAAACACACGGAGUAAUGCUGCACAUAUGCUUGGAAAACAGCUUAGGCUCAAGUUGGUGGCCGAUGAAGACUCCGAUAUACCCCGUACCUAUCGAAGUAUAAUGGUGUCAAUCCACGCCAUUGCCACGUUCAAAGCCUUGGAUGAUUUCCUCCAUCCACGAAUUAGCCUUGUGGCUCAGAAUCCCGCCGGAAACAACUCUCUUGCCACGGCUGGCCGUCCUUUCUCUUCCUAUGCCGCUGCAAUGGCUUCUAUCCCGUCAGACUGGCACCUGGAGUUUAGCGUGGAUGGCAACCCAAUUACCGGUGACACAACAAUAUACCGUGCUGUUCAUCAUAACCGGCAGGAUUCCGACACCAGCGGAAGGCACGUGUGGUCUGCUGUCCAUACCGUCAAAUUCAGGCGCGUUCCGGGGCCCCCUCCCCCAGAGCCUACUGCCCUCACAUCUAGUACACCAGAGUCCGCUGCGAAGAACGCUAGCACCGAGAUGCCGCCCUCGCUCAGCCAAGAUACAACAACUGCGUCGAUACUCCAACUACUUCGCCUUCUGCACGAGAUGAAUGCUACUCUUGAUGAUAUAGUCACGGAAAGCAAGGAGCUCGUCGCACUUAAACCCGAAGCCCUUGCACAGUUCAUCAAUACAAAAUUGACGGCGAAGCUUAACCGACAGCUGGAGGAACCCCUGAUCGUAGCGAGCAGUUGCCUUCCCAGCUGGAGCGAAGAUCUUGCUCGUCUCUUCCCUUUCCUGUUCCCAUUUGAGACCCGCCAUUUGUUCCUUCAGUCGACGGCUUUUGGUUACUCGCGGGCGAUGAUGAGGUGGCACAAUUCGCAAAACGGCGACGAUGGUCGGAACGAUCACCGACGUGAUGAUCGACCGUUCUUAGGCCGCCUCCAGCGACAAAAGGUGCGUAUCUCAAGAAGCCGUAUCCUAGAGUCUGCUAUGAAAGUUAUGGAACUCUAUGGCUCUUCGCCGAGCGUCCUGGAAGUGGAAUACUUUGAAGAAGUAGGCACUGGAUUAGGCCCGACUUUGGAAUUUUAUUCCACCGUUUCAAAGGAAUUUUCAAAGAAGAAGCUCAAGAUCUGGCGAGAAAAUGAUUGCAACGAUGCCGAAGAGUUCGCUUUUGGCAAGCGAGGCUUGUUUCCCGCCCCUAUGAGCGAACAGUAUGCUGCCUCUGAGUCCGGGAAGAAACAGUUACAUUUGUUUAAAGUUCUCGGCAAAUUUGUUGCUCGCUCGAUGCUCGACUCCAGGAUCAUCGAUGUCUCUUUCAAUCCGGCAUUUUUCCGAAUCGCUGAUAGCUCUUUCUCCGUAGCCCCAUCGCUGGGCACGGUAAAGGCGGUUGACCAAGACUUGGCGAAUUCCUUGCUCCUGUUGAAGCGCUUCGCCAAUGCGAAGGCAGAAGUCGAGAAUAAGGCGCUUUCAGAGGCUCAGACGAGGCAGGCCCUACUAAAUGUUGAAGUGGACGGUGUUAAGGUUGAAGAUUUGAGUCUCGACUUCACCCUCCCCGGCUACCCGUCCAUCGAAUUGAUCAAAGAUGGUUCUAAUGUUCCGGUAACGAUCGAAAAUGUCGAUUUGUACGUUGAGCGGGUCGUGGAUAUGACUUUGAGUAGUGGUGUCCAGCGUCAGGUGGAAGCUUUCCGGGAGGGAUUUUCGCAAGUUUUCCCAUAUUCUGCUCUCCGGACCUUUACGCCCGCGGAGCUUGUAAUGUUGUUUGGAAGAGCAGAGGAGGACUGGUCUAUUGAGACACUCAUGGAUUCUAUCAAAGCCGAUCAUGGCUUCAACAUGGAUAGUCGCAGUGUGAGGAACUUGCUCCAGACGAUGAGUGAGUUGGAUGCACAACAACGUCGGGACUUCCUUCAAUUUGUCACUGGUAGUCCCAAGCUCCCAAUUGGAGGCUUCAAGAGUCUCACCCCGAUUUUUACCGUUGUCUGUCGCCCCAGCGAACCGCCAUACACCCCCGAUGAUUAUCUCCCCAGCGUCAUGACGUGCGUAAAUUACCUGAAGUUGCCGGACUACAGCAGCUUGGAUGUUCUUCGAACCCGACUGUCUGUCGCUAUCCAAGAAGGACAGGGAGCAUUCCACCUGUCUUAG